AUGAAUAAUGCUAAUAAAAGUACAAAUAAUGUAGAACGUUGUGUACUUGAUUUUGAAGGUCGUCGAGUGAAAGGUUUAAAACGAAUUAUAACUGAUUUCAUUCAAAUUGAAUUAUUAUGGCAUGCUAAAGCAUUGGAAACAUUAACUUCCGCUUAUAAUGCCAUUCAAUCAUUGCAUGAAGAAGCAGAUCUAGUUGAAUUUCGUAGUACACUACUACGUUCUGGAAGUAGUUUAACCAUGUUAAAUAAUGAUAGUAAUUUUUUGUUGAAUCAACAAAAUCCCACAAUGAACAAUCAAUUAUCACCAAUGAUUUCUCCAUCAGUACGAAUUAGAGAUCAUCGAACCUAUCGUCCAUCAUCAUCAGCAUCAGUGCAUAGUUCAAUGAAUUCAAUCAGUGGUAGUCGGUGUAGUUUAACAUCGUCAGCUCGUAGAAAAAAUAAAAAUCAACCAUUACCAAAUCGAAUUCAACAACAGCAACAACAAUUACAACAUCAACAACACGAUCAACUGUCACCCUCACAUCAGUUACAACAACGACAGCAACAACAACAUUCCACCUUGUCACAUCAGCAGAAUGAUGAUGUAACAAGUUUGUUCACUGAAGGAGACGAUGAUAUUAUUGUUGUUCAAAAUGUUCGUGACAAAGUUGAUCGAAGAAGUCCUGUGAAUAAUGGUUUACAAGAUCUGGAAGAUGAUGAUUUUGAUGAAGAAGAAGAAGGCAAUACAGAAGAUGAAGAGGAUGAUGAUGAAGACGAUGACAACGAUGACGAUGAUGAUGAAGAUGGUGAAUAUGUGGUGGACACUACUACUAAUACUACUAAUACUACUGGUGCUAUGACACAUCAUUCACCAACAAGAAUUGUAAAUCAUCAUCAUUCUGCAACAUCCUCAUCAGUCAAUAAUAAUAGUAGACUACCUGGAUCCCAACAGAAUUCUCCAUUGAAAUCUGCAUUAAAAACCGGCAUAUCGAAACUGUGA